AUGGUAGAUGCUUUUGUAAAUGGAGCGAUUUUGUCUAGGUCUUAUAAUGAGGCAUACAAGAUCAUCGAAAGGAUUGCUAGCAACAAUUACCAAUGGCCGACAAAUCGAGAAAUUUCUAAAAGACGAGUAGUUGGAGUGCAUGAAGUGGACGCACUGACUUCACUCUCUACUCAGAACAAGCUACCUCCAAAAUUGAAAGACCUUGGAAGCUUUACGGUACCCUGUAACCUCGAAGAAUCAUACUACGGUAAAGUUUUGUACGACCUUGGAGUAAACAUCAACUUGAUUCCCAAAUCUAUUUUCAAACUGUUGAGAAUAGAUGAAGUAAGACCCACUACUGUGACACUUCAAAUAGCAGAUCGAUCUUUAGCAUAUCCCGAGGGAAAGAUGGAUGAUGUUCUGGUAAGAGUUGAUAAGUUUAUUUCUCCUAUUGACUUUAUUGUGUUAGAAUUUGAAGCAGAUAAGGAAGUCCUGAUCAUCCUAAGAAGACCUUUCCUAACCACAAGAAGAAUGUUGAUAGAUGUGCAAAAAAGAGAACUCACAAUGAGAGUUCAGGAUGACCAAGUAACAUUUAAUGUUUUGAAGGCCAUGAAAUUUCCUGAUUCGGCAGAGGAAUGUUUAGUAAUGGAGGAAUUAGAAACCUUAGUUUCUAUAGAAUGCAAGAGCAAUUUUGAAGAAGACCCGUUGGAGAACACUUUAGGGUCUAAACCAUUGGAAGAUGGAAAAGGUAAUGAAAACAUGGCUUUGAUGGAAACCAAUCAGUGGAGUUAUGUUCAACCAUUGUGA